AUGACUACAGCUCAUGGGUAUAUUCAACAGCAGGUUAAGGAGACUACUAGGGCCGUCAAUGAGGAGCUUCAGAAUGCGGUAAUCACAGAUCUGCAAAAACUUAGAGACGCUAUUAAAAGACGGUUGGAAGGAUCGUAUGCGCAGAAUUUCCCGGCUACACAUACGUCGCCCAUUGAAGAAUGGAUUGCCGGGAUUUUAAAAAAAGAUCCCGUUAAUAGAUUCAUUGAGAACUAUGUUUUCGGGGUCAAGGAGAUAGAAAAAAGAUUACGAGGUAAAGUCAGUACUAGCCCAAACCGGGAUGACAUUGAGGCUAAGGUUAUUGAAAUUGUUAAGACGCAGAUCAAUGCUAGGCUUACAAAUGUUCCAGCACAGAAGCCAUCUAUAAACACUGGCACCGUUGAUGGAAAGUUGAAAGAGAUUGCGACGUAUCUGAGUACGUACGCCGUCGGAGUGCGGGUUUUGAGACACUCGGAAGAUGAGAUCAUACAGGCGAUUGAGCAACAGCUCGAGAAAGUAGCAGAAUGGUCGUUGGAAAAACCAUCGGAGUCUAAAUACCAGGCUUACCUCCGAUAUGCCGUUGCGACUACCCUAUUUCUUCUUGCCGCAAUCGCCAAUCAAGCCGGCGCGCACAUUAGUAAGCUUGUUGAAGGUAGUGAGCUCGGCAAAAUAAAUGAAGCUAUAAAGGUAAUUACCAAUAUCGGUAACAGUCUAGAAACGGCACUUAUCAAUGGCGCAGACCCCGCCGCUAAGGACUUUAAAAGUAAACUUCAAUCCUUGGCUGAGAAGUAUAUUGAAGAGACGUAUGGUGGGGAAAAGGAACUCAUAAGACAUGUCAACGGUUCUACGGCGUCAUAUAGAAAAAAAGUAUUAUCCGUCACAGCUCUUUUGAAGGAUAUGCAGGAUAAUGACAAUGGCCUUAAAAAAAUUGAAAGCGUUAAUGACGGGGAGGCCGGUAAGGGAGAAAACAUCACCGGUUUCACUCUCAGCAAGUUGCAUGCCAACGUUACUGACAGCCUCAAUGAUCUUAUAAAACAGAUCGAAAGAAUUGCCGGGAAGGAUCCGACGUACAAAAAUGGCCUCAGUCAGAAGCUAGAAAAGCUUAAAGGCUUUAUCGAUAAUAGCCUUUUUGGUGAUCCUAAUAAGUCCGUCAGAGCAAUUAAAGAACGUAUUGACAAUCUGAACAAUAGCAUCGUGAUCGCAUUGAACACAUACUCCACAAACAUCUACGAUGAUGUAAUUAAGAAAUAUGCCGACGAUGCCACCGCUGACAUCAAACAGUUCAUCUCCCAAGAGGUAGACAGGACGACCACUGCAAUCAGAGAAAAAACCAAAACGGAAUAUCACUCCAAAAUCAGCAAAUUGUUCGCAGACAUGGAAUCGAAAGUAAAGGAUGAAAAUUCAAGAAUAGAGAAGAAAAUUGCGGAGGACCUACAAAGCGGAGUAAAAGGGUUACUUAAGAGAAUGAAAGAAAAUAUUGGAAUGUUGGACACUUUGAAAAACCAGCGCGAAAUAAAAUUGGCAUCCCCUGAAUUAAAGACGUAUCUAGAGGAAAUGCUAACAUAUGUUGACAAUAACAUUAAUAACUUGUUACUUAAACGAAAACCCGACGAGGCUAUGCCGCAGUGCCCUGCUCAACUUUUAGGCGUGCGAACAUCUUUGCGUGUGCUGCUCGACGGACUCCAUGGGUCCAACCAUUAUGAUCACAAUUUUGCUGAGAACCUUGAUGAAUUUGAAAAAUCACUUUGCAGCUUGUCACCCAAAACAUUCGCGAACUCAUAUGCUCCAUUGUUAUUGGACGCAGUUAGUGACGGCCUAAAAGGCCUGGCCAAGCAACUGGGCAACGCAUACGUAAGCACGUAUUCUGGCAGUUCGAUUGAGUGGGGGUCUAAGACUGCUUUGUUACAAAAUGGUGAUGCCAAUUUAACUGUAGAAGCUACGAAAUGUGCAACAGUUUGUAUGACAGUUUUUCAUACUCUAUUCAACCAAUUGCAUCAUUUGUUUUAUAACAGUCUCAGGUCUUGGAGAAAGCACAAAAUAAAUGACGAUGGAACCAAACGUGGUUUGAAAAUUUACUUGCAGGGUCAAGGGUAUGAAAUCAAGAAUUUGACCACUAAGGAUUACACAGGUUGGAAUAUUGCUGGCAACCUACGAGACGCUUUCAGUAAGCAUGGUGAAUUCGACCAAGAGCCCGAAUCCAGGCAUGCUGAUUUCUAUAGCUAUUUUGUGUCCAUUAUAAAAUCCAAAGGUGUUGUAUCAAAGCUUUUUGGUUGCUUGGAAAAAUACAAUAAAGUCGGUCACAUGUCCACGUUUUCAUCGAGGAAACAUCCAUGCAGUGUAUUUGAAAUGCUUGGUUGGAUCAGUGGCUUGCAUUAUAACCCAGUGUACGAUAAGCUUCUAGCGCACAUUGAUUCCCUGAUUAAAAGCGAAACGGAUGGUGAACUCCGAAAUGUUCUAUUUGACUUACGUGGUCUACAAAUACCAUCAAUGUCAACGCCUAUAUAUGAUUUGUUAGUUACGAUUACCGGGUACGGUGAUGCCUCCACGUACUACGGCUGUGAAUAUUUAGGCAACAACCUCGGUCUAUAUUACCCCAACAGAGGGGAGGAAUGCGUUGAUAUGCUCCUUGAUAUCUUCCGUAGAUUGUUUACCGUGCUCAAAUUUUUGCAAAAGCAGUGUCUACUCGGUCAAUCAGAUUUUGGUUGGUCUGACUGCCUUUACGGCAGGGACGUCUUCACUACCAAAUCACAAUGUAAUAGUCAUGCAAAUAGCAAACCAAAAGACCAACCAAAGUGCCAACCUAGGUGCCAGGCAAACACCAAACCAAACUGCCGACCAACGUCUCCAUUAAUGAGCUAUUUAAACGAUAGUUUACAUGGCCACUUACCUCACCAGUUAAGCAGUGUCGGUUGUAAAUCCAUUUGUUCUACAUGCCCCAAGUCCACACCCGGAAUGCCCUGUCUAACACCGUUAGGUUUCAGAGGUUUCUCAGGGUCUACCAAAACUGGAGAUAUUUUACGCAGGAAAAUUGAUGGCUUUUUCAAAAGCAUCAAUACUUCAUCCAUGUUUUGCCUUGGCCCCAAGCCACCAACCUCUCUACCUGAGCACUUCGGAUUUGCGUUAUCCUUAGUGGACGGUUGGAGAACCGUUAAGAAACAUCCACUGAAAAGCGCAAUAGAAUCGCAUAUCUCUAAGGUAUCCAUUAGUCUGUACGAUAAACCUUUCGUUCUUACCAGUGAGCUUGGUGAUGCAUAUGGUUGCAAUCAGAUCGAUCACGGGGAUAUUCACCCGGAUAAGAAAUCAGCCGACUUAGCAAGUCUAUCAAUGGCUACGACAUGUGCUGGUGGCCAGUGUGCUCCGUACCUUCUCUCGUUAUGCACAGAUUCGUAUACUUAUCUCCUCCCGAAACAUUCAAAUCUAUACUUGUCGUGCUGCCUAUACCUUCCAUGGCAACUCCUCGAGUACCUUCAGAAGCUGCUCGACGCAUUCAACGAUAUCUUCUGCCAGGACUGGGGGUGCAACACCUGCUUGCUGGGUGACAAAUGCAAAAGAGGCAAGCACGGAUCAACGGAUGAAAAGAGUAAGAAGCCGCAUUGCCAAUGCACAUCCGUGGUCAACUGCCGAGGUGUGGCGCCUACAUUAUAUCGAUACGGAUUCGCAUUCGGAAAUGCAUUCACGUUGAAUAACAAAGGCACGAGGAAGCGAUGUUGCGAUUUAUACAGUCAACUAUCUGCAGUUCUGAAAUCCAAUCGCUUCACGCAGCUGUUUGAUACUAUCGACAAAUUUAUUUUCAUCAUAAGAGCACCAUUCAUAUGGACACUGUUAGCCCUCUGGUCGCUCUCGCUCCUCUACCUGCUGCACAUCACCGUCGUCCGCCUCGACGUCCUGAGGAUCCGCUCCCACCUGAGAUCACCUUCAAGCCACCGCAUCGCCGCGCAGUCCCUCCUCGCCGCCGCAAGACUCAAGGCACUUGCCAACGUCAAGUACUUCUCACCGUAA